CUAAACAUGGCUCGUCACACUAAAGUGUUAAAUCUUUUUUUACUCAUAACAGUAUUUAUUAUUGUUAAUCAUGUGGAAAUUCAGACUAGGAAAAUACAUACCAACAGACCCAUCAUUGGAAUACUAACUCACACAUCGGAUGGAUGGCCAUUUGCAUUUAUGGGAAUCAAUUUUAUAUCGGCUUCUUAUGUUAAGUUUAUUGAAUCAGCUGGAGCUCGCGUGGUUCCAAUCUUUGUGGACCGUCCAUAUAAUAAGACGCUUAAAUUAUUGGAAUCGAUUAACGGUGUUAUUCUUCCAGGAGGGACAGCAAACUUUACCAGCUCACUUUAUUUAAAUAAAUCAAAGGAAAUAUUUGAGUUUGCUGUGAAAACCUAUGACAAAGGAGGCUAUUUUCCAAUAAUGGGCAUAUGUCUUGGUCAUCAGAUGCUUGCAGCAAUAGUAUAUGGGCAUUCUGCAGACAUCCGCUCACGCACAAACACUUUAAACUUAACAAAACCACUGAAACUUCAAAGAAAUUAUCAUCAAACGAAAAUUUUUCGUGAGCUACCAAAAAAGCUCGCUAAAGAGGCAAUGAAAACAUUUUCAACUUAUCAUUAUCAUAUGUACAGUUUAUCCACAAGAUUCAUGAGAGAAAGCAAACGGUUGCGCGAAUUUUACAGAAUUGUUGCGACUGAUGUUGAUGUUGACGGUCUAGAAUAUGUAUCCGUAAUGGAAGCAAAAAAUUAUCCCAUUUAUUCGAUGCAAUUUCAUCCCGAAAAGAUUCAGUUUGAGUGGAAUCUUCAAGAAUCCAUCCCGCACACCUCAACAGCUAUUCAAUUAAGUCAGUAUAUUUCAAAUUUCUUUGUCAGUGAGGCAAAGUAUAGCAAACACAAAUUCCCAUCUUUGAAGGAAGAAACACAUGAAUUAAUUUACAACUACAAUCCAUCUUUUAUGUUGCCCGUUUUUUCAAAUUCAAGUUUUGUUCAAAUUUACUUUCUUGAUUCUGAAUAAAAAGUGGAGACGUUAAAAGGAAUACUAUAUUGAUUAAUUUAUGUCAUAUUGACGAACACUAAAAAUAAAUACCACUGAUUAAUGUAUAUGUCAUAUCAAUGAAAAAUAACGUGGAAUUGGUAUGCAAAAUCAUCAAAAAUGUACACCAACGCUUGUUUUCGCAGUAUUAUACAGGAAAAAGUUUAGCAACUAGCAGUUCUGGUCUAGUACAUUUCUCUACUUUACAAAACAGACCAUUAUUUUUGGUAACCCGUCAUUUAAAUAUGCCACUUGU